AUGGGCCACAUCUCCGUCGCGCUCGUGUCCGCCAUCGGGGACCGCAUCGCUGGCGCGCCCAUCUCGUACGCGCUCAGAACCGCGCGCGACUCUGAAAACUUCCAUGCGGGCGCGGCGGCGCAAAUCCUUUUUAUGGAGCCCGACACAGCUGGCGAUUUCCACGUCGCCCCGGCUCCGUGCGCUCGUGAGGCUCACAUGGGUUUCAUGAAUCCCGUCAAGGGGUUGCUUACUGCGUGA